GUUUGCUGGGCCCAGCCAGAAACGGCUUCAUUCAGCCUCAGAGUCUAAGAGCAACAAGCAGCCGGAGCCGGUCAUCAGCCAGAUCAUUGACAAACUAAAACACAUCAACCAGCUGCUGAACAUGGUGACAGUUUCUGAGAAGCGAUGGCGAGCUCGGUCACGAGGAACUGGAUCAAAUGGGUGGAGCGACGACAUUGAGGAGGGAUUUGCGAGCGGCGACUGUGACGACGAGGACGAGUGUGCCGGGGUGUCGGGGCUGGGUCCUCCUCCGAGGCGUAAACGGCUGCGGAUCUUUUCAGACCUCGCCGAUAACCUGGCAAUGGAUGACUUCACCUUCCAGGAGCAGCUGCUGACUCCUCGGCUGGCCACCGCCGGGAUGGGAGGGGUCCACUCCCCUGCUGCUCCGCUGCAGAGGACCAGCCUGGUUCCAGCCAUGCCAGCGACACUUGCUCUACUUCUGCUAUGGCACCACUGACGAGGCCACUCCUGUUUUAACUCUAUAUCCCUGCAUAGAAAUGGAAGGUGACAAACAUUUCGGACUUCUGGGUCCUGAUUUCAGUUUGGUGGCCCAUCAAAGGAAGCAUUAACAACCAAAAAAACCCAGCUUUCCUCUUAAUUCGUCAAUAGUAAAACAUGUUUAGCUCCAUUCAAAUUUGGGGACGUUCCAAACAAGCACACUUGAUAUUCCAUGUUGUAAAUAAUUUGUACUCUCUGUCUUCAUAUACCGACUCCCUCUCAGUAAUAAUAAAACAAAAGAGACGCUGGUUGUUUAUUAAAACUACGGAUGUGUAAAUAAGGCCUUUAAAACACACCAGGCCCUUUUUAAAGUGCAGGCUCAGUCAGUGCUGAGCCAGUGAAUGUCAGCUGCUGCCAUUUUCCUUCAUGACUGUGAAUGAUCUGUUGCAAGCGUUGGACCUGAAAGCUAAUGAGGACUCACCUAUUUGAAGGGAAAGUUCAGAAUUCAAAGUGAGGUUCUGUUAAAAGGUUGCGUGCAGUAAAUCUGUUACCUGCAGCACAAAAAGCAGCAUCAUGCAGAUGCAAGAGAUCAUUAAAGGGGGCAGUAUUACUCUGGAGUUACGCUGAUUAAGAAA